UAUUUUUUCAAUCUUACAAAAAAAGGUCGAUAUAUAUAGUGCCUUACCCUUGCAAAGGGUACAGAAGAAAGUGAAAGUAGAUGAGGAUUCGGAAAAACACAAAGCUUUCCCCUCUUCUAUUCACUUGUUCACCUUCACUUUUACAAAAUGGUUCAUUUCCAGUUGAAAUUUUUCAAACCCAUGUUUGUCAACUUAACCAAUCUCCAUGGGAUGUGAUCCCCUUUGCCUCCAACAACUCCUCCUCAAUCCAGUUCCAAGAGCAAGAUAUUUUCACAAACGGGGAUUCCUUUGGAGCUCUUGAUGAAAGUGUGGAUUCGAUGAUGGAAACUGAUGUUGUUGAUAUUGAUAACAACAAACCUGCGAUUGAAAAUUUUGAAAUGAUGGUGUUUGAUGAUAAUAAGGUGGUUAAUAAUAAUGGUGGCAGCAACAAAGGUUUGAAGAGAAACUGGAAUGGGGGCGGCGGCAUUGAGGCUCCGCGGCGUGGUAGAGGCCGACCGAAGAAGUCGGUGGGUUCGGCUUCGGGUUCAAAUAAUAAUGUUGAUAAUAGUGUUGAUGUUAAUGUUGUUACUUGUUCGGAGGGAUUGGAUUGUGUUGAAGAUUAUGAGGAUGAUUAUGAUGAUUCUGGUGAUGAUAAUGGGAAUAGGAGAACAAGGAAGCCAGUGAAAGAAAGGUCCCUAAAAUCCUUAAUGUGAGAAGGGAUAUUUAUAUAGGGUUGGGGUUCAAUUCAAUGUUGUAUUGUUUAUUUGUUUGGUGAUUUCCAACGUUGUAUUGUUGUUCUUUCGACAAGGUUGUUCUUAUUGUUGUUGUUGUUUUAAUUUUGGUGGUAUUUAGGUUGGAUUAUGAAUAUUUUUGGGUAUGAUGAUAUGCUAAUUUAAAGAAGUAUUAUUGUUA